CAUUGCAUCGAUCAAACCGCUCUUACCUACCCAUCGACGCUGUCUUAUCUGCAAAACGUCCGAAAUUAAAAGUCCGCAAAAUCUGUCUGAUAAACUGAUAAGAUAGUCCCAUGCGUCAGUUGCUCAGUGUGUCCGAGCGAACAAUCACUCCCAACCGAACCGUGCAGCGUCGAUAAACUUUGUGCAGUGCAAAUCAGCAGCAAUAACAGACAGAAGGAAUGUCCACCGAGCAAGAAUCGACCAACCCCGCCGCACACGAGCCGACGCUGGUAACGGUUCGGGCCCUGGAGAAGUACGAAAAAUCCUCCCAAUCCAGUUCCAGUCGUACCUCGACGACGGCAAUCAACACCAAGGACGAUUCAUCAACGGCGGGCGAUAAACGGCGAUCAGUUGUCUACAGUGAUGCCCACUUUAGUAUCACGCUGCACCACUAUGACAGCAUCGUCAGUGAGUUGAAAUGUCCGGGAUGUGCCCAGGCGUUGUAUGGACCGAUUUGGCUUUGCGAAACGGGACACAGUAUCUGUUCGCAUUGUUCCAGCCGGAUCAGCGCUUGUCCGCUAUGCCGGAAGAAGCUGACCGACAUGAGGAACUAUACGCUGGAGGCGAUUGCGGGCAAGGUCCAAUUUCCGUGUACGCAUGCCGGGCGUGGCUGUACGGUGCGGUUACCGCUGGAGCUGCUCUGGUGGCACAAGGAUCGCUGCGGAUAUAAGAAAGUCGAAUGCUUUAUGGGAAAGGUGUGGGAAAACUGUUCGUGGCACGGUUGCGAGAAGGACUGGAUCAGUCAUUGCGUAACCGAGCACCAGGACAAGGUGUACAGCUCGCCGGACAUCGUGUUGACGUGGAACUACGCGACCGACAGCCAACGGUGCAUUUCACUGCAGUCGGUCAUCGCGUACUACGUGAUCCGGGCCUACGGGGAGUACUUCAACCUCUACCAGAUCUACGAUCAGAACAGUCGACGAUCGAUUUGGACGGUGAUUUGCGCGUCGAAGGAGGCAAAGACGGCCCACCGGUUCGCCUUCGAGCUGGAACUGUACUCGCCGAUCGACAGUGCAAAGUUGUUGGUUCAACGGUUCCCAUGCCAUUCGGAGAACGAUGCUGACUUUUUGAAGGAUGGGAACUGCGCGAAAAUUCCGAUCGAGGAGACGAUACGGUUCAUGACGAAGGACAAGAUCCUCUACUACCGGAUCCGAAUUGUCGAGGUCACACCGUGUCGCAGUCGCAGCCUAGUGCUGAUCAGCAGCCAAUCGCAGACGCUAGUCAGCCAAACGCCAUCCAAUCUAGUGCUGAUGCCGAUCGAUUACACCGCGACCAAAAUAGAAAACGUCAACCUGAAAGCCGUUCCGGAAGCGGACAUCAUCGUCCGCGGAGGCGGAGGAAGCAAGUCGUCUGCUGACCCCACCAAGCUUCAGUCUGCCGAAACAGUCGACCGGGUUACCAUCCAUUCGUCGUCGUCCAGUUCGUCCUCCUCUUCGUCCACCCUUCGGGAUCAAGUCGAGGAAGACCUCCCGGAGGAAGACCAGCAGCUGAAGGGCAAAACUACUGCUGUACCGCCGGCGUUGAAUCGGAUCAAUUCGAUGCCAAAGCCUCCGAGGGUACAGACGCAAGUACCAAAGGAUGCAGAGAAGGACCAGCAGUCACAACAAGAGCAGCAUUUGGUUCGUUGCCGGUUGGUGGAACGACAGGACAGCAUCAAAAUGAAACCCAUCUAUGCUGCUGCCCCGCCGUCGUCCAAGAAGUCUUCCACGGAAAGCUUGAACGGUCCCUUCAAGGGGCUGACCAGAUUCUACAACGUCACAAGCUACAAGGCUUCCAAACUGUGGAAUAAGAAAUCAGUUCAGUAAGGAGGUUUGGAUUCGUUUUAGCGACGGAAGGUUUUCCACACUGGUACGAUGAAUGAUAUAAUUUAUUAACAAGCGCCUAGAUAAUCUGCUUUAAAUAAACUGUUGCUGCUGAUUUA